AUGCGCAUCCAAGAGAGCGGCAUUGACCGCACUCCUGACACACCCACCACAUCCGACGCAUCCACCGUGCAAAACCCCACACCCGCUCCACCCGUCCGCGCCACCACCAGCACCUCUGUAGGUGACACUGACACCGCCGAUUUCUCAUGCCCACACUGUCCACGCACAUUCACCUCACGCAUCGGCCUGGUCGGUCACUCGCGAAUCCAUCGCACAGAGACUGGAGAACCAGUGCCUGGAGCACCAACCUAUACUCACCAAGCUCGUCUCAACUGCCCACACUGCCCUCGCACCUUCAGGCAUCGCAUGGGCCUAUUCGGCCACAUGCGCAUCCACGACGACCUGAGGUAGACAACCGCCGGCCAAACCACACAUUCACUCACUCCCUACCACCACCACCGUCACCCCACCACACAUCAACACUCCCACACCUCAUGCACCCAACUGUCACUUCCCACGCAAGUGGGAAGUGUGCAUCUCGACUCGGUCCUCAUGCGGCUUCGGCUGCAGGGGUUACUUGAGUCCGAGACUAUCCCGACACGUCAAGCGUCGUGGAUAGGAAGGUUGCUGACUGACGCCCGCUCUCGGUUCACGCAGUUCGUCGCGUUGUGUGUGUGUGUGUUGUGUGUAGUGGCGGGGGUGUAGGGGUGACCAGCGGUGGGUUCACGUGAUGGUCGUAGUGGUCGCUCACUUGCUUGCAGGUGAGACUACACCUAGCGUCCAUUUGCUGGCACCCAACUCUCACCUGUGGCUCCACGUAGCUGGGCUCUGCUCAGCGGCCACACCCCGGGCAACCGUCUCGACCGGCGGGCUAAACCAGGUGAGGGCGCUGUGCACUUGUGCCGAGUGCACAGCGUACCGCGGACUCCGACGGAUGGAUGGUCGGAUGAAACACUGCGCCGGCAUCGUCGAGACGAGGCUCUGCCUGGUACGCCGUUGGAUAACUGCUGCCGGGACGGGUCUCUGCAUCGCCUUCGCUGAGACGCGCCCACCCCCGCCGACGGAGACCGCGGACUCACGGCACAUGCGGUCGUUCUCCACUACGAACAUAAAAGUCGUGGCCCCAUAG